AGAUCAAUGAUGUUAGCUCGAACUGCACAGAGUGUGCACGCUUGUAUGUAUCAGUGUUCAUAUCAUUAAACCAAAAACGAUCAAGUUUAAAGGAAGGAAGGAAGGAAGAAAAACUCACAUGCUGAACCACAGCAUCAAAUUCCAGAAUAUAAUAUUCUUUAGUUCAUCAUGCCCUCAACACCCACUGAAGUUCCUGAAGCUCAUGUGCCAAACAGUGCCAGUAACAGUCUGGAGCAAGCAAAUGUAAAUGAACAUGAGAACAGUGGUUUCCAAAUAGAUAAGAAGGAAAAACAUUUAUCAUUAAACAAAGACAUUUGGAAUGGAGACACUUCUGACAAAUCUAAUGAUUCAGGAGGAUUUCAAGCAGAAGCUAGUAGUGCUCACUUAAAUUAUACUAGUAAUGCUACUAUAGUAAUGGGUAAUGGUGCACAAGAACUUACAGCUGUACUGGAACCUUCGGAAAUGUUAAUCAGAGCUCCAGACAGUGUACAGAAUUCUCUUAAAUUAGCUAGUGAAGAUGCAAAGACUGAGCAACCAGUACUGACAUUAAACAAACCAGAAGCAGAAUUAGAAGUAAGAGAACAACUGCAGAGUAAGGACAUUGAAAGGGAAGCAAAAUCUUUGCAAACUGCUACAUCUGAUCAAGCUGAAAAGUGCUCACAAGAAGUUACAUUUGAUCAAGCUGAAAAGUGCUUACAGGAAGCUACAUCUGAUCAAGGUGAAAUAAAUGUUUCACAAGCAAAAGGGCUUUCAGAUGAAACUGCUAAAGAUAGACUGUCCCUAAAUGAGGACGAAAUUUUGAACAAAAGUGAAAAUAUUGAUCCGCUUACACAAGUUGUGGGUGGAAAUAUUAAUGAUUCGAAAGCUGAUAAAAAAGAUAUUUCAGAGACUGCUGAAGAAAAUGUUUCAAAUGAGCCAAUGGAUAUUUUAGGCAAUGGAUUGCUUACGAAAUCGAUUGUUAAAAAAGGAGACGGAGUAUUAACCCGACCUUUACAGGGUCAAAAGGUUACUUUAAAAACAGAAGGUUUGCUACCUGAUGGAACAGUAAUUGACAAAAAUGAAAGUAUUUCAUUUAUAUUAGGUGACGGUGAUGUGAUCUCAGGUUGGGAUAUUGCUGUUGCCUUGAUGGAAUUAAAUGAAGUUGCUGAAUUAAAAUGUGAUGCUAAAUAUGCUUAUGGAAGCCAAGGCAGAUUUCCUGAUGUACCAAGUAAUACAGCCAUUGUUUACACCCUGGAACUACUCGACAAAGAACCAGGACCAAAUUACAGUUUCAUACCACUAGAUGAAAGGCUUCUCCAUGCAUCUGUCAAAAAAGAACGAGGAAAUUAUUUAUUCGCUCGAAAUGAUUUUCACGGCGCUAUCAACUCUUAUAUAAAGGCCAUUAGUAUUAUUGAUCAAGAGGAUAAUUCUGAUAUAACGGGGAAAUCAAACCAGAUUCCUGGGGAAAAAAUUAAAUGUUUUAACAACUUGGCAGCUGCUCAAAUAAAGAUUGAAAGAUACAGUGAAGCUAUCAAAUCUUGUGAAGAAGUGUUGAAACAUGACAUAAAUAAUGUCAAAGCCCUGUUCAGAAUGGGAAGAGCUUACGCUGCACAAGGUGAAACAAAAGAGGCUAUUGCACAGAUGAAGAAAGCACUCAAAUUAGAACCAGAAACAAAGGAUUUGAACAUGACAAAAAGAAAAAAAAGAAUUAUUCAUCAGGAAUUAUCGAAACUUACCAAAAAGUUAUCGAAAGAGACACAGUCUGAGCGCAAUAUGUGUAAGAAAAUGUUCCGAACUGAUAAACCCCCUUCUAAACCCUCAUCAGAUUAUUCGUCUUGGAAAUGGUCGAUCAUUGCUGGCAGUUUGGUUGUGGUAUUACUUUCUUUAGGCGUUGCCUACUUCCGUUAACCAGCGAUCAUCUCCUAACUGCCACAAUUCUCAUGGGACCACUGAAAAUUGAUUUCAAAUAUAGAGCAUUUAAUAUUUACAACUGAAAACUUAAAACAAAAAAAAAAAACCUAUGCAUUCUUAUUGCAAAGCAAACAAACAAACAAAAAAAAUAAUAAUCUAUAAAAAUCUUCUCUUGCUCCUCUUGUCUUUAAACUUUGACCUUUGACCGUGAUCAGCACAAUUUUUCUUUGUUGAAAUUUUUUUUUAGGUGAAAGCGGAAUCUUACUUUCAUGAUUCUUGUAGCAAGCACUAUCAUGUUUUCAUAAAGUCUUUGUAUUCAUUUUGAAAGCUAAAAUAUCUUCUCAGGAACUUUGAAAUUCUUUUGUUUUGUUUCUGUUCUGUUACCUUUUUGUUUUCUCUUUGCUUUAUUUGCCUUUUUUUUUUUUUCAUUUAAUUUUUACAUAUUUUUCAAAAACCCUUUUUUUUUUUUUUUUUUAAUCUUAUAAUCACAGUAACUUAAAUUCAGCAGAAAAAAAAAUGAGAAAAGAAAACUCAGAAAUUUCUUGAUAUUUUUUUCUUUCUAAAUAAAUUGAGCUUAUUGAGGUUAGGCAGAAGUGAGGGGGUGCCAGCUUCUAAAUAGCACCUAGUUGUGUGUUUGUGUAUUAAUGUUUGGUUGGUUUCCUUUUGAGUGGAAGAAAUUGCAACUGAUGAUUGUUGUUGUUGUUAUAUGGCUCCAAGUCAAAGUUCUUCAGAGCUACAACCAUGCCCUCUUUUCAGAAAUAUGUAACAUGUUGAAAACUUCAUUAUCCAAUGUGUCCUUCCCUCCUUCAAGACAACAAGGUGUAAUUUGAGGGAAAUUUGGCAGCUAUUUUGAGCAGAUUGUGGGACUACAUAGAGACCUCAAUUAUUGGCUCCAGCCAACAAGGGUGCCUGACUGACAGUUGUUGACUAAGCAGUUGUGAUACAUUGUCAGAUGAAGUUCUAUGCAAGUUGAAACAAUGUAUAAACUACCAAGAACUAUAUCAAGUCCUGUCACAUUGAUCCAUUUAACAUCAUUUUUCUUUCUUUUUAACGCUAAUGAAUAUAUGGCUUUUUGGUUAAGAAGGCCCACUUAGCAAACACUUGGUUUUGGAUUUGAUCUCACUGCAUAGCACCUUGGGCAAGUAUCUUCUACCAUAGCCUCAGAUUCAUCAAUGCAUUGUGACUGAUAUUUGGUAAACAGAGCCUGUAUGGAAAUCUAUUAUGUGUGUGUGUGUGUUUUCGCGGUCUUCACACUGAUAGAAUUUGAGUAGCAGUGAUGUUUAUAUCCUCCAUAAACAAAAUGUCCUGCUCAGCAUUUUCGCAUGUGAAAACCACUGGAAUAAAUUAUCUUACUUGAAAAACAAGUAUUAUUGACAGGAAGGACAUUCAGCAAUAGAAUACUGUCUCAAUAAGUUUUGUCCAAACCAUGCUGGCCUGGAAAAAGCAGAUACAAAAAUUGUGAUGAUCAUCAUGAUGAGUGUGUGUGUGUUUUAAGAUUUGGAAAUUUUGUUUAAUUUUUAUUUAAAAACUAAUCAUUUAAGACUAAACAAAGAACAAAUAUUUAAACAAAAUAUGAACGAUAGAUAUAAUAGUUACAUGAGAAGAAAACUCCAAUGUGAGGUAUUUUAAAUCUUGUUAAAAUAGACUUUAAAAUUUCCAUUAAUAAAUUAUUGAACUGUUUAAAAUAUAUAUAUUGUAUGAUAAUUAUGCAUUGAUGUUAUACAUGUGAUCAAAAAAAAAAAUACCCUCUCCUUCUGUUAUCCUUUCUAGGUCAUUUAACACUUACACCAUCUCUAAAGGCAACCACUUUGUUGAAGUAAUGGAUUAACUUGCAACUUGCAUGUUAGUCCAGUCACCUCCUCUGAAGAUAUGAAACAAAGUGAAAAAAACAAAGGUGGGAGAAGAUGAGAUAAAUAUUGUUCAUUGGCAACUUUAUUCAAGAGGCAGCUGAUACAUGAAUGCUCAUCCUGCUAAAAUUCACAAAUCACAUCCUAUUGUCUUAAAUUAAGGUUAUAUUCAACAAUGUAAUUCCUGAUAUACAAACAAAGCGUUUAUCAUGAAUAGAAUACUUUUUACCAUAGUUUUGUUCAAUUAUUACUGAUAUGGGAAUGCACAAGAACAACAAAGUUUAUUUUGAGCCAAUGUCAUAUGACCAGUUAGAUAUAGCUGCCAAAUUUCACUCGGAUUAUAAUCUACUAUCUUUUAUUUGGAAACAGUACACUGGAAAAUGUAGUUCCAAAUACACAAACAGAUACCUGCAGCCACACACAUGUGCGUGUGUGUGCAAAGAAUACAUAUAUCCGUAUUGUAUUAUUCCCAACUGAAGACCACUUGGAGGGCAGCGAUUCUGAUAUGCCAUGUACUAGCAACUAUUAAUAUACUAUACAUCUUGUAGUUACUAACGACUGGGCUGUUGCUGUUAAGUCUGGUUUGGUGUGUAUAUAUAUAUAUAUAUAUAUAUAUAACUAACCUGUCUUGUUUCAGUUCAGCUCUGAUUAAGUUAAUACUUUGAUCAAAGUCCAACCAUAACCUGCCUACCAAACAUCAGGGGCUUUAUUGUACAGUGUGCCAUUUUUUAAGACAGUAGAGUUAGAUUUGUAGAUAGUAUGGCUGCUAUUUCUUGCAGGUCAAACAACCCAUAUAGAGGCUCCUUGUAGCCUUGUCCAUCUUGUUUUCAUUGUCCUCAACAAAAUAGUCAUUAAAAUCCAUGAUGCCUAUUCUUAAGUUGUUAAGGGGAUGGUUGGAAAGUUGUUGCCGCUAUACUCGUUUAGCCCAGGUGAGCUCUGAGAGUGCAGACUUAAUGAUCAAAGGAGUAUCUGUCAUGAUCAUCUAGUCUUUAUUUCAAGGCAGAAUGACAUAUAUCUAGGGCCAUGUUAUUCAAUGUGUCCUUCCAUUUUUUAAGACAGUAGAGUAUGAUCUGAAGAUUUGACUGCUAUUUGCAGCACAUUAGUCAAUUAUAUAUAUAUGUAGUCCCUUGUUGGCUCGACAUCUGAGAUGGUUGAAUAAUUAACUUAGAAGAUUAUCCUGUUUCAUUAGCUCAUGAAGUGUCAAGAUAGAGAAGGCUGCUUAAUGCUGGGUCGUGUAUUUAGUUUUGUAAUUCACAAAUCUGACUUUUUAAGUCACUGUUGCCAACUUUUUCAUUCCACUUAGUCAAAUAAUUACCUUUGAUAAAUUUAAAAUAGAUUCCUUUAUUAUGAUGCCUUGCAUUGCAAAACUGGCCAUGUGCCUUGUCUCAAAAAUAUACUCUUAUAAGGCAAACCAAUAAGGAAGUUCUCUAAACCAGUGGGUGUCAAACGUAUGGCUCAUGGGCCAGAUCUAGUUUGCAAUUUAGUCUGUCUCUGAAAUUUUUUUUCUUCAAAUAUUCUGUAAAAUAUCACUACUAUGCAUUUAGAUUCAGAGCCUGACUAGAGUUUUGAUUAACACUAAUUCUAAUUAGUCAAAUGAGUGCAUCUUAGAGAAUCUUUUGUUAUCUCAACCAAUAAAAAAGCUUAUGAAUCAUAUAGUAAAAGAUGUGACUUUCUUCAUUAGUUUGACUAUAAAUACUGAGCCAAACAGAAGUAUUUUCUUUUUCAAAUUUACGCACAUUUGUCCAAAUGGAUUCUGGUCAUAUGAGUGACAUUGAAAUAGUACAUGCUUUCUGUCCAUCAUUGGUCUUCUCAAGAACUGUAUGCAUUCAUUUGGAAAAUUUCUAUCUCAUUCUCACUACAAGGACUCUUAACAGAACUACACACACACACACAUAUAUAUAAGUGGAUGAGUUUUUCCCACACAUCUCUGCACACAAACUUUACGCUAACAUCUCAUGUUCUUUCCUUUCUAUGUUGUUAAUAAAGUUGUUAUAAUAUUUA